AUGCCUAUUUCAGUUGGAAAUCUACCUUAUCGAACCAGUGAGGACGCCAUCAGUAAUUAUUUCAGCCGAGCCGGCCAAGUAACAAUGUUAGGAUCCCGUGCGAUCGCGAGACUGGCCGUAUGA